AUGAUAAAUAACAACAAGAAUAAUACUCCUGUAAAUAAUAAUAAUAAUAAUAUUGCUGAUUAUCCAUCAUCAUCUACUAUUGAAUCUUCUUCUCAACGUAUUGCUUUACCAUUUACUUCUACUCAUCAAGCAAUCACCAUUCUUGAUCAAAUUAUACAAAACACCAACUCAAAUAUCCAAAAUGAUAGUACUGACGACAACGAAGAUGAAGAUUACGUUCCAACACAGUCUACCUUUUCUUCUUCAAUAUCUGCACCAUCAAAGAAUAACCAAAACAUUCAACCAAAUAAAAAAUCAACAAUGGAUCGUGUACGAUCUGUUUCAUUAAAGAAAAAUAAUAAAAGAAAAAAAAGAUCAAAUAUUAUUGGAUUUGAUACAUCUGAAGACGACGAUGAUGUCAUGACUAGUUCACAAUCGUCAGAAUCUCAAGAAUCAUUUGGAAAAGAAAACGAAUUUCGACCAAAACAAGUUUCAUCAAUCAAAAAACAUCAACCAGUAUCAAGACAACAAAACAAAAAAAAAAGAAAAUCAGAUACUACAACUAUUAAUGUCGACAUAUCCGAUGAAGAUGAUGUAAUUAUUAGUUCGUCAGCACCAAAAUCUCAACAUUCAUUGGAUGCAAUUACAAAUGCAAUACAGUCAAUAUUUUCUACAUCUUCAAACGAAACAUCUAAAAGAGCUACAAAACGAACGGUGCUUGAUCGAUCACGUGGGCAAGUGAUAACAGAGAAAUUAGCUAUUGAACAACUUGAAGAACGAAAAAUUAAACAAAAUUCUAAACGAUCACAUCCCGUUAGCAAAAAGUUGAAUGAAGCAAAACGAAAUAAACAAGGUAUGUUUAAAUAA